UAUCGGUUCUCUUGCUCUGCUACAUUCACUAGCUAGCUCUCUCAGCCUGCUAGUCUCAGUACUUGGGCUUCUCAGCUCUUGGUUACCGUAGUCGGCACUUUUGCCUCCGCACUUCAGCCUACUAGCUCGACGCUUACUAGCAUUCCUUAGUUACUCCGACGCUGAAAAUAGGUGUCUCGCAAUCUUCCCUCGACCGUGUGUACGCCGCGUCUCUGAGCGGCAGGACGAACGCCUUCGUCGACUCGCGAUUCGUUGAGGCGUUCGCCGCGUCGGAGUCGCACUUCUACCGUCGCGAUUCCUGCGCCAGCUCGAGGCAAAUCGACGGCCGAUCUCUCUUGUGCGAGCAGUUGGAUGCGACCGACCACGUCCGCCGCUCCUCUGCCGCCGCCGCUGCCGGCGCAAGUAGCACCGCGAGUGGGCGCAGGGACAGCGCGAUCCGCGCGCUAGCGGAGUCGAUCCUCGUCGCGUGCCCCGCGCGCUACUCGUUCGCCUUCUCCUCCUCCUCGGAAUCGGGCGAUGCCGCCGAUGGCGCCGCUGACGCUGCUGGUUCCGCGCGUGGGAGCAACCAUGGCGGCGCGCGUCGCUCGUCCGUCUCGUCUUUCGCCUUCAGCGCGCGCGGCUCCUCGUCCUCCUCGGGCGGAAGAGGUUCCGCUCCUUCCGCGUGCCCCCGCCGCUCCUCUGCGUCUUCUUUCGCCUUCUCCGCUCUCGCCGCCUCUUCCCCGCGUCCCUCGGACGACAACCUCUUCACUAUCGCGGAGGCUCAGAUCGAAUCACUGCCGGCCGUCCAAGACCCAUUCUCUCAGGCCGCUGCUAAAACCUCUGACGGCCAGCUUUCUGACGGCCAGCCGUCUGACGGUCAGGCCGCCGGCAGCUUGGGAAACGCGGGUGGGUGUGUGGAAGCGGCGGAGAGAUCGGCGGCGGACGGCAGUUUGCCGCCCGAUCUGAGCGGGCUGAGCAACGGCGAGCUGCUAUUGGUGGCGGCGAGCCGCAUCGCGCUGCUGACGUCGUCGCUGAGCGAGUCGCGGACGAUCAACGAGGAGCUGAUGAGGGCGAGGGACGCGGCGCUCUCGCUGCUCAUGGACACGCAGCGCAAGCUGACGGAGGCCUCGACGCGGGCCGUGCUGUCCAUGCCACGUGUCGACAGCUCGUGCGAUCUGGCUGCGCUUGGCGCGCCGUCGUCGCCCGUUGCCACGUCAGCGUCUCCAUCAGCGGCAGCACCGUCAGUAGCGUCGCCGAUGGCACAGAAGCCGAAGAUCUACCUGGACGACGAUGACGACGACUACGACGAAUCGGACGACGAAUGCGACGUGCCUCGCUGGCCCGUUGCACCAGCCGCCAGGAGCCCGCAUGCAACUCCGUCGCCCUCCACCCCGAGUCCAGCCCUUGCGCCAUUGGCGGAAGCUCGGUCAGCGGAGAGCGAGGAGGCGGAGUAUGCGCGGUUCCUCGAGCGGAAGGUCGCAGAGCUGCAGGGGGCGCUUUCGCAGGCGGAAGGCGCUCUGGAGUCGGCGCGCGCGGAGCGCGAGGCCUGGGCGGAAGGCCAGGAGCGCGCGGUUGCCGCCGCCGUCGCGGACACCGCGGCUUCCGCCGAGCGCGCGAGGGCGCGGGAGGUGGAGCUGAUGGUGGCGCUGCGGGGGGUGGAGGGGCAGCUUGUAACGGAGCGCAGACGCCACGUGGCGGAGGUCGAUUCCUUGAAGGAAGCACUGGCCGGGGCACAACGGGAGAAGGAGGGGCUAUUGACGAGCCUGGAGGAAAUGGGUCGGGCGUUGGAGGAGCAGCGGGAGGAGCGGGAUGCGGUUGUGGGGAGGCUGGAAGCGGAGAAGGUGGAAAUGGUGGGCGAGCUGAUGGACGUGAUUGUAGCGGCCGUGACUGUAGCUGGGGGUUUGGGGGUUCUGGGGGAUGUGGGGGGUGUGGGGCCUGUAUCUGUGCUGCUGGGUGCUGCUGCUGUGUUGGAACCGGUUCUGGUUGACGCGGCUUCUGUGAGCGUGGCUUCUGCUGAUGUGGCGAUGGCUGGUGACGUGGCCGUUGUUGGUGACGUGGCGGAUGGGGGAACCACGGCAGCUGAGGUGGCACUGGAGGGAGGCAGUUACGGGGGUUGGGAGGAAGUUCAACCAGAGGCUGCUGUUGAGGGGGGUGAAACCCUCAUUGCAACCUCUGAAGCUGACACAACCGUCGCUACAGCUGCUACAGAUGUUACACUUGGUACAGCUGUUGCCACUGUUACAGCAGCUGCAGCUAGGGAUAGGGUUAGCAGCACCCGACGCUACAGCACAGCUGCUGGAGACGGCAGGGGCAAGGGCAGGAGCAGGGGCAGGGCGGGAGAGAGUGUGAGCAGCAGCAGGAGCGGGCGUGUAAGUGAGGGCGCAUGGGGGAAAGGAGGGGAUUCAGAGGGAAGAAUUCCCAAGGGCAAGGGAAGGGUUCUGAGGGAUAGGGACCUGCCCACUCGACGCCACACCAUGGCCCCGUGCGCUAUCCCCCUCUCCUCCCUUCCCUUGCACCUCCACCCCUCCCACUGCCGCCCCUCGCUCCCCUCCCUGUUGCUCAUUGGACGAGAGCCAGGGGAGGGCCGACGGGGUGAGGAAAACCAGGAGCAGAGGGAGGGGGGGAGAGUGGGGCAGGGUGAAGGGGAGGGAGUGGGGCAGCUGACAAGGGGGGGAGCAGAGGGGCGGGAUCCAAGGGAGGAGGUUGGGUACGGGGAAAGUGAGCGGUAUGACUGGCAGGCGUUCAGAGCUCUUAUCGAUGGUGGUGCUGUGGCGGGUGGUGCUAUGGAGGGUGAUAGUAGCGAGGCUGGUGCGGUGCAGAGGAGUGACAGGUCGGCUGCUGGAGCACGGUUUGGUGGUGACUCUAUCGAAGGUGAUACUACUGAGAGUGAUACUACCGAGGUUGAUGUGAUGGAGCGACGAGGCAGGAUGGGGGCUUGGAGGAGGCGGUGGUGGGACAGGGGUGUGAUGGAGCGAGUGAGGGCGUGGGAGUGGCGUGGGGGGAGGGAGAGCGGGACAGGAAGGGAGGGGAGGAGAUCAGAUGCAGGAACAGGGGAGCAGAGACAGGCAGAUCGGAGAGAGGGGGAGCAGAGGGGGGGAGAAGAGAGAGAGGGGGGGCAGGGGGGGAGUAGGGGCAUGAGCGUGGGUGAACCUGUGGGGGGUGAACCCGUGGUGGGGGAGCCUGGGAGUGGGCCUGGGAGGGAGCCUGGUUGGGGGGGAAGCUAUCGACGAAGUGCACAAGUGAGGAGUGAGCAUAUGUGGGAUGAGCGCUGGAGCGAGCAUGCACUUGGACGGGUGGUGGUGGAGGGGGAGGAAGAGCGUGGACAGCUGGGGGUGAUGGGGAUGUUUGAUGGCGAUAAGGAAAAUGUGGAGCCUGGGAUGGUAUAAGCCCAGUGUAGUUUAAGCUAGAUGUACAUAAAUUUACCACAUACAA